AUGGCAGGCCAGUUCCGCAGCUACGUGUGGGACCCGGUGCUGAUCCUGUCGCAGAUCGUCCUCAUGCAGAACAUCUACUACGGCUCCCUGGGCCUGUGGCUGGCGCUGGUGGACUGGCUGUUGCGCGGCAGCCCCUCGCUGGACCAGAUGUUCGACGCCGAGAUCCUGGGCUUUUCCACCCCUUCAGGCCGGCUCUCCAUGAUGUCCUUCAUCCUCAACGCCCUCACCUGUGCCCUGGGCUUGCUGUACUUCAUCCGGCGAGGGAAGCAGUGUCUGGAUUUCACUGUCACUGUCCAUUUCUUUCACCUCCUGGGCUGCUGGUUCUACAGCUCCCGUUUCCCCUCGGCGCUGACCUGGUGGCUGGUCCAAGCCGUGUGCAUUGCGCUCAUGGCUGUCAUCGGGGAGUACCUGUGCAUGCGGACGGAGCUCAAGGAGAUCCCCCUCAACUCAGCCCCUAAAUCCAAUGUCUAGAAAUGGGUUCUUUGGACACCCCACUGGGCAGUUGGCCCCCCAACGCAUUGGGCUGCUCAGACUCUCCAGAUGAGGUCCAGCCCAGGUCUGAGAGGAACCCUGGAAAUGUGAAGUCUGUUGGUGUGGGGAGAUAGCGAGGCCCUGUCGAGAAGGCAGGUAGCAGCCAGGAUCAGAGCUGCAAGAUUGGCCUCCGUCUGCUGAAGCCUUGGGAUCCAGGAGGUCAGCAAAGGGAUCUGACCUUGGAAUCCGGGAGGUCAGCGAGGGGACCUCUUUCAGGGUAAUAACAGAAUUGGAACCAUGUCACUCUUGAGCCAUCAUACCUGUCACCAGCCUGUUAUUUAAAAAAAAAAAAAAAAAUCAAGGAUAUCUGAUUGGAGCAUACCACUCUUCUAGUCAUCUCUCUUGUCUCCUUGGGACAGUGUUAUCUUGGUCAUGUUGUUGCAGCUUUUCUGUUUGGAGAAACGCUUGAUGUCUGGAUUCAUAACCCCAGAAAAAGAUGUAGGUUCAAAAUAUUAGGCUGCUAUCAGGGAGAGGACAGCAGAUGGAGGCAAACACAAGGAAAAUGCACAACUUGUGUUCUGUUGUGCGCAUCUGUGUGCACCCAUGAACUUAUGACUAACUUUCAAUUUUCUCUACUGGGUACCCCCCUGCUGCCAGCUUCCAACAUAGCAGGCUCUAGGACCCAGAGAAGAGUCCCGGCAUCGCUCUCUAAACCUAACCCUAACUUAUUUGGAAUUCUCAGUGAGACGGGCAUGAUGGGUGCCCAGAGAUGGGAGGCCCAACCUUCCAGCUUGACCUGUAAUGACAGGGCUGAGGGAGAUAGGAAUUUGCUGUUAAGAUUUUUCUUGGGAGUGGAGUAUCCUCUGUGAGGGGCUGCAGCUGUCCUUCCUAUGUACGUAAUACCGUUUUUUCCCCACAGUUCUGCCUGUACUUGGUAAUGCCAUGGUUGGGACUGUGAGAGAGCAGCAUAGCCAGGCAAGGGAGCUGUAUGGAAAGAAUUACUAGUUCACCUCCUGGACCCAGAUUGUUCCUCUAUUUGGUUAAAAUACUAAGUGCAGGGAACUCCUAUGUCCCGCCCCCUCCACCUCAGGCUCCUCUGCUACACCUUAGGUGAACUGCCAUGACUCCCAGGACUCCUUUCUCAUUUGCUGGCGAUUUCUGAACAUGUCCAGGAACACUGGUCUAGACCCACUUCUGCAUUGAAACCAUUGGUGUUCCUCUUUGGAUCUCUCAAGUCUGCCCAAGAGAGCUGUCAGUUUUCAGAUUCUGGUGUUAGGGUUACAAAGGUGAGUUUGCAUCCCCCAGGAAGCCUUUCUAGCUUCCUGGCCCAGCCCUCUAGAGGAGGGCAUUGAGGCAGACAAGAUGAACGUUUUAAGAGAGAAUGUGCCUGGGCAGAGGCUGGGAAAGUGCAAGAGUGAGCACCUCCCUAACUUAGCCAGGGUGCUCUGCCUAAGCUGGGAGGAAGCUACCUGGCAAUAGUAUUCUAAUCCUGGCUACAUGGUCCAGGAGGCAAGGCCCGCUGAGAUGACUUCCCUAGUUGGUGGGUUUCCUUCCAGACACACAGACUCUAAAGGCAAGUGACUAACUUUCAGAAAGGCAGCACAUUCAUGUGGCUGGCUCCUUUGGUCAGCUGUGGUGGCCUCUCCCGCUGUGAUGGCGCACUUCGGGGGGGUUUCCUUCGAGAGCUUGUGCCGUUCUGCAUAUUUCCUGUGACGGGAAAUCUCUGCCCCUUGAGUGUUAAUUUGAUUUUUGGAUAAGAUAUGUGACCUCAAUGAGAUUUAUUUUUCCAGAGAGAAUUGGGCAAUGGCAGUGAUGUCAUUUUAGAAAUAAAAAAGUCUAUUGAGUGCUUAAUAGAUGUACAACAGUGGGCUAAGUGUUUUACAUCUUCCUGCUCAUUUAGUCUUCAAGGCGACUUCCUGAAAUAGGAAAUAUCUUCUGUAUUUUACAGAUAGGAAACUAAGGAAUACACGUUAGGAGCUGGCAGAGCCAGGAUUUGGGCUUCAGUAGUGACAUUAAUACACUCAUUCUGAAGACU